ACUGCGGACAUAGUACAGGAGAUGACCAGAGACUGCAGACAUAGUACAGGAGAUGACCAGAGACUGCAGACAUACUACAGGAGAUGACCAGAGACUGCAGACAUAGUACAGGAGAUGACCAGAGACUGCAGACAUAGUACAGGAGAUGACCAGAGACUGCAGACAUAGUACAGGAGAUGACCAGAGACUGCGGACAUAGUACAGGAGAUGACUAGAGACUGUGGACACAGUACAGGAGUUGACCAGAGACUGCGGACAACAGUACAGGAGAUGACCAGAGACUGCGGACAUAGUACAGGGAUGACCAGAGACUGCGGACAUAGUACAGGAGAUGACCAGAGACUGCAGACA